GAUUUGUAGAACGAGAUUUUUAAAAAAUGGAUUAAAGGUACAAUACUCAAUAUUUUCCAUUUCUUUCUAGUGCAAAUAAUGUGGGAAAUUAUGUAGAAAUGAUGAUGAAUAAUAGUUUAUGCCAGUCUCUUAGAAAAAGUGUAUUAUGUAGCUGAAAAAACAAACAGCUUAGAAACCUGCCAUCCGGUCCUGAAAGUUUGUUUGUGUUUGGUUUGGCCUCUUGUCAGUCAUUUUAUAGCCACGCCCCCGACACCUCUUCACACCCUCAGAACUCAUUAUCGGCAGUUUUAUAGAGCGGUAACAGGUGAACUGUGAGUCGAAUGUGCUCGAAUAAGAUGUAAUGACAGUCCUUGCUAAUGCUAAGUCUAGUUAGUAUGCUAGCUACCCAAGAUACGUUUUGGGGGCGGAGCUUUGUGAACUCUGGUGAAGAUAGCUGUUGGGUCAAUGAGUAAAAAAAAUAAAACAAUCGUUCAAAUCUUAUUCAGCUGCACAAAUCUUUACCUAAUGCACCUGAGAGACCAGACUUCCGGUCCAGACUGGUAAAUUCCAUGGACCUUUAAGAUCACAGGACAGGUUUGUUCGUAAACAUGAUGUAAGUGUUCAGAUUCGGGGUGAACUAAUACUCACCCUAUGAGCAGUGUGUGUGUGUGUUUUUUCAGAAGAAGAAUGAAAUGUCUAAAAACGGAUGAUUAUGUCCUGCGGAUCUCGUGCGUAAAGGACACCGUUAUUCUUCACGAUGAGCUGAAGAAACAUGUGAAGGGCGGGCUGGGGCCAUCUGGCCGGACGGCGUGUGAUCGAAUCAUUCGGGCCUGUAACCAGCGUCUCGGAGGAGGGGCUCUAGAGCCGGAGCUCGAGGAGCGUCUGGUGGAUCUGGUGGAGCUGGCCACGGAGGGAUACGGAUCCGUCGCAGAACCCGGAGCGCAAGGUUCCUCGCUUUAUCUGGAGAAGAUCAUCUUCCACAUCCUCCAGAAGCUGGUCACGCAUCGAGCUCAUGCUGCUGCGAGUCGACUCGCGGAGUUCAUGUAUCUCCGACUGCAGGGCGCAUCCUCACAGGUUGAAGACUUCGGUGUUCUGGUGCGGAACUGUUUCGCCGUCCUGUGGAAUGGAUCGAGCGGCGCUCAGGCCUCCAGCCUGUCGCCCAGAGAGAGACUCUGCGGGCAGCUGCAGGCUCUGCGUUUCCGUCUGCUCGAGGAGACGCCCUCCACCUCGUCUAAAGUACCUCUGUUUGUGGAGGAGGCGCUGAGCGAGUACGAGCGCGCACGUGGAAGCCUGUCUCAGGACGACGCCGCAUUUCUGCUCUCGGAGUUCCGGACACGUUUCCUCGGCGCACACGUGGAGCAGGAUCAGGCGCUGACUCCACCCGUGCUGGCUGUGAGGUGUGAGGCGGUGGUGAUGGUGUGUAAGCCUCUGUGUAAGAACAGACUGUGGGACGAAGCAGCACGGCUGCUGGACGGAGCGCAGGAGUGCGUGCGGAAGCUCGGUGGGGGUUUGUGCCCGGCGUUGGGCAUGGCAAGUCGGGCGGUGCGACUGCAUCGAGACCUCAGCACAGGCAGGGAAUGCAGCAAGGCCUACACAGACUGCGCUCGCAUCCUCAGAGGCCUGCCUGCUGCUCUCUGUGAGGCGGAAAGCCACGCCCUGUUGGAGGCAUGUCAGCUGAUUGUCUGGGCGACAGAGGCAGGGCAGACAAAAGGGAUGGGUGGAGCUACGCUGUUGGCCAGUUUUUCCUACUGGGAGGAAUAUCAGGAGUUUCUAAUCAAACUUCAACAGAGCUCAUUCUCACAGCAGCUGCAGUAUUCUCUGUGCUUCAGUCUGUACCAGGGCUUCAUCAACACCUACGACAGUUUACACACCUCACAGGACUCGGUUGUUGAAUUUCUGGACCGAAUCCUGUUAUACUGCCAGGCGACGGCAGGACGCAUGAUGACUGAACUUCGCAAACUGUCCAACAACAGCUUCUUACUGAAAGCAGUGUGUGUGGUGAACAACGUGGUGUACGAGUUAUUUAACAGGAAGCUGUAUGAGGGUGCGUACGGGUUGGUGGAGAUUAUAUGCCAGGAGCUGAGUAAAGAUUGUCCAUCCUGUUUCCCUGUGGACAGAGUGAACCGCUGCUUCAUGUUAGCAGUGCAGUGCAGUAGGCGAGCGUGUCGGUUGGACAGAGCUCUGGACUGGGUGGUGCGCUGGAUACAGGUUUUAGGUUCUCGAGUUCUGGAUCAUCUUACAGAACCGGUGUCUCUGUGGGUUAAAACCAAGUGUGACGCAGCCCGGGCCGGAGAGGACGACAAGCGCCUCAGGACCCUGAGGGACGGGCUGGGGGCAGUGCCAGUGGACGAGGAGGUGUGUCUGCGUCUCUUGGAGGAGGAGCUGCGGGUGUAUAAGGAGCAGUGCGGAGACACGGCGCAGGAGCGCUAUAACACGCUCUGCGACCUCCUGGAUAUCUGCCACGAGGAAACCACACACACACUCCGGCGUGCCUCUUACCUGUGUGAGAUGGCUCAGGUGGUCUGUUACCGGGACUUUAGCGAACAGACUGACUGCUCAGCGGUGGAUUUUGCCCAUGAGGCUCUGCGCUUGUUGGAGGAGGAGCCAGAGACUGUGGAGAACUCCGAUAGGCUGAAGGACGAAAAAGCACAUGCCUCUCUCUGGCUCUACAUCUGCACGCUUGAGGCCAAUCUGCAGGAGGCGGUGGACACGGAGAAGCGUCUACGUGCGGUGCAGGAGGGCAGUAAGACUGCGGCGGACCUCGAUCCAGUUCCCACGAAUGAUCUGGAGUACGAAGACAAGCGGAAGUUCCAGGAGAGCCAGCUGGUGUAUGACGGACUGCGCUUCAAUCUCUCUGAACACAACAAGCACAUUGAGCCUUUAGAGAAGUGUUUAUCACUCUGGGUGACUCUGCUGAAGGACGGCUCUGUACCUGCAGUGAGGGACCCCAAACACACUGCCUCCUCCAUCCUGCUAAUGGCUGCCCUUUAUACACUCAUGGGCAAGCCUCUACAGGCUCUGGAGUGUUAUCAGCUGGCGGCGUCUCUCUCUCGGCUCCUCGGUGAUGUCCAGAACAGCGCCACUGCUUCCUUCCACGCUGCUAAACUCCUACUGGAUUUGGGCUCUCCGCAGCUCGCUCAGGUGCAGUUGGAUCAGGCACAGCAGUGUUUAACUGCAGAUACGAGCUCUGAGGGGACAAGCAUCCUGUCCGUCACUAACACACUGCUCAGAGCACAACUCAGCUACGCUUUAGGAGAGGUGGAAGCAGGUGUACACAGUCUGUGUGAGGUGUUGAAGGAGACGGCGUUGCAUCACUCCAAAAGCUGGUACAUGCUCAAAGCUCGAGCUCUGCAGACCGCCAGCGCCUACCUCAGUCUGGACACAGGGACACUGCACACACACCUGCGCCAGACCAUCGUCCAGCACGGUUUAAAGACUCCAGACACGGCCCAGUACGAAGCUCUGAAGUUGUUGUGCAGUCUGGUGAUGAUGCUGCUGGGAAACGGCUUUUACGGAGCUCCUGGUCUCAACACGGACACUCGGUUUGUAGACCAAGGGGACAGUGUGGUGUUUAAAUGGCUGUUGCUCAGCGAGGUGUUGCUGUGCUCGGAGAGGAUGGUGCGCUUGAGGAGCAGCAGUGGAACAGCUCAUGAAGCCAAAGCUCAGUGUCUUGAGGCCCUCAAACUUGCCACCAAACUGCACACGCUCAGCCACUGUGCCGAGCUGUUGGUGUUGAAGGCUGAGCUGGAGUUGAUGAAAGGUGCAGGGGAAGCCAGUGUUUUGGAUCUGGAGCAGGUCAGACACUUACUGGAUCUUUGCACAGAUUUUGGUCAUCAGCAGCAGCAGAAAUCUGAGGUGAAAAUAAAACCCCGUAAAGGCCGCCCGGCUGUGAAAGUCUCUGCCCCCGAGCUCCCGGAGGAGGAAGAGGAGGAUGUGCGCGGGCUCCUGAGCUCUCGCUCGUUGGGCCGGGACGCUUUAGAGGAGCUGUCCGAGUUAGGCCGGGACGCGUCGCCCCCUCUGAAGCCCAAAAGGCAGCGCAUGCUGUCCUGCUUGAGCCACACCGAGAGCUGCUCCUGUCCCUGCUGCGCUGAACCUGGCCUGGCCCGAGUCAGCGUGCUCUGGGCCCUGGCGCAGGCUGACGCCCAGAACGAGGCACAGAAUUCGCGCAGACUACGCCACAUCGCUAUACUUCGCUGUCGCAGCAUCGGCGCUAAACUCCACGCCCGCCUGGCAGCACUGAUGCCCGUCGGAUGUUCAGAAAAGCCGUGCGUGAUGCAACCGGAGGUGGUGAGGGUGCAGCUGAGCGCAGUGAUGACGCAGCUGUGCCGGGGCGUGGCCGAGACACGGAAGGCUGCCGCUCUGUGGGAGGAGAUAGAGGAAGGACUGGAAGCUGUCGAGCCCAGAGGGGCACUGUUACCCGAGCUGGGACCUCUGAAGGCGGCUCUGCUGGGGGCCAAAGCUGUGGCCUGCUGCCUGGCUCUGGCUGGAAAGAAGCAGUGCAGCCCUGACGAGCUCUUCUCCUCCGCGUGGGGCUGGACUCCUCCCAGGGCUCCCAAAAACAAAGCGCAGGUCAGAACCAGAGGAAAGAGCUCCAGCAGUGACCGACCUCUUCCAGCCGCAGCACCGUCAGCCAAGAACCUCACGGAGAACAAACAGGAGGCGUGCGUAGAACCGGGGAGUAAAAAAAACCGAGAGGUCACUGUCGCUUCCUCAAAGAAAAACAAGAGCUCCGUGCCAAAGAUCAGCACCACAAAGCCUGGUGUGGUCUUCAAAACCCCCCGAGCGAGCAGAACCCCCAGGCCCAGAUCCGUCUCCGUCCUGACCCCGGCUGGCACGGCCACUCACCUGAGCGCAUUCGACUUCACCAACGAGGUGCCUGAUAUCACAGUAAGCUCCACCCCUCUUCCUGCAGCCAAGGCCACGCCCAGUAGCCGCUGUGGGGUCACGAGGUCAAAGGAUGUACCAAAGGGUUCCUUCCAGGUUUUUGAAGAUUCCUCACCUCUGCAGGAGAAACCCGUACCUGUUCCAGCUGCUCCGAAACGGACCAAACGCUCACGCUUUAAGGUGGAGUUCAGUGAUGAGAGUGACGCUGAGGUGGCUGAUGCUGUGGAGACCAAAUCAAAUGAUAAGUGCUCCAUCUCCUCUGUGCUUGAACCUGCCCUUAAACCCUCCUCUCUGAGCCGAGCUCCGGCGCAGGACCGGCCCAGACGCACCAGAACCACAAAGAAAAGCACCUGCACUAGUGGCGCCUCCUCCGAGGAAGAGAUGCAGCCGCGACGGGGACGGCCCAGAAAAGCUCUCGGCGCUGACGGUGCAGAGAAACCAGAGAGGAUGAGGAUGAUCAGAGAGGACGAGGAUGGAGACGGUCUGGACAUCAGCCUGGAGGAGCUUCAGGGGAUCGACUCUGAGAUGAUGGAUGCAGCUGACGGCCCUGACGCAGACUGUGAGGUGCUGAGGAGAGACCUGGGAGCAGAUCUGACCAGAGAGCGUGUGAAGGAGCUCAGGAGUUCAGGACAGGCAGGACUCCCAAUACCGCACACACACGUCACACCAGGUGAGCUCUCUGUAGACGGGAUCCAAUCACUCCUCACCUCUUCUUGGCUCCUCCUCCACCACUUUCCAAGCCCUUCCCUCUACCCACACCUGUGCUCGCUGCUCGCCCAGUCACUCGGCCUGUCUGAUCCCGUCACUACGGCGAUGCUGCACGCUCAGUCACUGGGCGUGUCCUCUCGUCACCACAUGACUCGUCACCUGGCCAAUCGGAUUAGGAAGCUGAAGAAGUCUAGCAGUGACGUGGCGGAGAGUCUGAGCGGACUUAGCCUGGAGGAAUCUUCCAGUCAGACGCAGGCCAAGACUCUGUCUGCUCUGGAGAGCAUUUACUCCUUCACCUGCACACAGCCGGCGCAGUUUCCACACACGCACAGCCGAGAGUUCACACAGCAGCUCCAACACCUGCCCACAGGUGUGACCGUGUGUUUGCUCUCUCUCGUGGGGGCGUGUCCUGGUGAGAUCGGCAGCACUGUUCUGAUCACUCGACUAGAACGUGACUCCGCCCCCAUCACCAUGCGGAUCCCGACUGCACAAACACACCGCUCUAUGGCGGUGCUGCUGGAGGAGAUGGAGGCGGUGCUGCAGGGACAGAAGAAAGUGAGCGCGGUAGCAGACAAGGCGCAGUGGUGGGAGGGCAGGAAGGCUCUCGACACUCGUGUGCAGAAACUUCUUGAGGAGAUGGAGGAGGCUUUAGGUGUAUGGCGAGCAUUGCUCCUCCCCUUGACCUCUGACCCUGAGCUCCCAGCUCAAUUGAAAUGCCUCCAGUCAUCAGUAAAAGGAAGGAAGAUCACGGUGGACAUGCUUAAGGUGAUUCUCUCCGCAGCUCCUCUGCUGUCUCUCUCCGACCUGCAGUCUCUGUCCGAGGGGGCGUCUCUGCAGGACGGAGACUUCCUGAAGCUCCUACAGGAGAGUGUGUGUGAGCUGAGAGGGAGAGAGGAACCUCAUGGACACACAGUCCUCAUCUUGGACAAGUACCUUCAGAAGCUGCCAUGGGAGAACAUCUCCUGUUUAAAGUCUCGUUCUGUCACUCGUAUGCCUUCACUGCACACGGUACUGGGGCACAGUCAUCUCCGAGAGGUGGAUCCAGACUGCGUGCUGUCACAUGGUGUUGAUCCUCAACGGGUUUAUUUUGUUCUGAACCCUGAUGGAAACCUGCCUGAGACAGAGAAGCGCUUCAGAGACUGGUUUACUGGUGAGCGGGCAUGGCAGGGUGUGUGUGGAGCUCCUCCUGAUCCUGAUCAGCUGCAGGAGGCUGUAAAUACUAAAGACCUGUACAUCUAUGUAGGACACGGAGCCGGAGCACGGUUCCUCGACUCCCAGCGGCUGCUCCGAGGGAACGUUCACGCCGUGGCCCUGCUGUUCGGAUGCAGUAGUGCUGCGCUCAGUGUGCAGGGAAACCUCGAGGGAACCGGCAUCACCCUCAGCUACCUCACCGCUGGGUGUCCAUUAGUGUUGGGGAACCUGUGGGACGUGACAGAUCGUGAUAUCGACCGCUUCACCUCCGCACUCUUACAGUCCUGGCUCUCCGCAGGGUCAGGCUCCUCCCUACUCCAGCACCUGGUCCAAUCACGUGACGCCACACACCUCAAGCACAUGAUCGGCGCCGCACCGGUCGCGUACGGCCUUCCUGUACACCUGCGCUAGCUCAGACCUGCAGCUAGUCCUGUUUUUACACGCCGUCUUAUGUGACUUGUUUGCAGUGUUGCUGUCGCGUAAACACUAACGUGAAGCAUGAGUAGAGUAACACGUGUUUUUACGGCUUAAUACGUGAUGUGUUUAAGCUUCAUCACACUUUUAGAGAUUAUUUUAAUCUGUGUAUUUUGAAGAUUAGUACAUCAUUUAAUUAAAUCUCAUUCUGUUUACUAUUUUAAAUUGCUGUGUACCACACUUGUAACUUAUAUUAAAUUUAUGAAAUUG